AUGAAUCCAGUUCUAAAAUAUUCGCAUUUACAUAUUAUACUUUCUUCUUUGUAUAGAUUCUCAACUGCAUGUGGACAUUUUGCUAAGGCAAGAAGUUGGAAACACUUGGCGCAUGGUGCUUCAGUUCCGAAAAUGCAAACAGUGAAUCGGGAUAUUUUUGCCAUAAAUAAGCAAAAUUUCGAUUAUUUCCUUAUUCUCGAUUUCGAAGCAACAUGUGAAGAAGGAAUGAAAAUUAUGCCCCAUCAAGAGAUAAUCGAGUUUCCUGUCAUACAGCUAUCCGGGAAAAAUUUGGAAGAAGUUGGUCGAUUUCAUCGAUAUGUGAGACCAACCGAACGACCAAUUUUGACAUCAUUUUGUACUGACCUUACUGGAAUUGUACAGGAAACAGUAGAAAGUCAGGAGAGUCUUCCGGAAGUUCUAAAUGCUUUUGAUGAAUGGCUCUUGGAUUUGAAUUUGAUUAAUACCGAUCAUUCGAUGAAGUCACUUUUUACUUUUGUAACAUCUGGUGAUUGGGAUCUUGGUGUAUUGCUUCCCAGCGAAGCAAAUUAUAGAAAUUUGGAGCUACCAGAAUACUUCAAAAGAUGGAUCAAUUUGAAAAAAGCCUUCUGCAAAUGUAAAGGUUAUUUCGCCAAGUCUCUAGCGGUAAUGCUUCGUGAUUUAGAACUAAAUCAUUUGGGUCGAUUGCAUAGUGGAAUAGAUGACGUGAGGAAUAUGUGUCAGAUUACAAGAUCUCUUGGCAAGAGUGGUUACGUAUUCCAAAAUACAUCGAUUUAUAUAGAUGAGAAACAUACUUUCGAAAAUUUGUAA